AGCGCAUAAAAGAGUCAUGUUUAAACUCUACAAAACACACUUCCAUGUAAAAGUAUAGCAAGUAGAAACGUGUAGUAAAGUGACAUUUGACACAAGUAGAAAAGUGUAGUAAAGUGACAUAUUUGACGCCUAAUGUUCGCUGUUAUUUCACAUCCCCAAGUAUGGAGUCCAGCCAAAUGUGUUAGCAAGUUAGCUUGAGUCAGUGUCGUUAGCUAGUUCGCUCUAGUUAGCUCUAGUUAGCUAGUUAGCUGUGGUAGACACAAGAAGACUGAAGUUGUCUGUGAAAUAAGAACCUUCAAGUCUUGUGCGGCGAUGGAAGAAAGUGUGUGGACAACGACCAUCAUCAUCAGCACAUCACUGCAGAGCCACGACACGCUCAGGAUGCUCAGAGCUCAGCAGCACAGAAUCAGACUGUCAGACGGCGUCGAGCGUGGAACCUUCAUUUUUCCUCUCGCUGGUGUUGCAUUCAUGCUGGUGGAGCCUCAGCAUUUGCCCGAAAAUUUGGAAGAGUCAGGACUUAUAGAGCAAAUAAAGAAGUUUGCGCAGGUGCACCGGAAUUGCUUUGUGCUGCUGUAUGCUCCUUUCAAUGGGAAGAGGGAAACAGACACACUGUCUCUCAUUCAGCAAAGCUUCUUCGGCAGCAAUCCCAGGGUCUUGCCCGUGCGAAACAACACAGACAUUCUCAAAGGAAUGCUGACCAUUGCAAAGGGCACUUAAACACCGAACCAGCGAGGCAGGCCAAUUAGGCCAAUCUUGGUCUAGCUUUCCAGCGGUCGUCCGUCUCGUAGGUCACUUCCCCGCAAAAGAGGCCAACUGGCAGGCUCAGACAGAUCCACAUGCCCAACAAUGUCCAGGACACCCUUGAAUUCCAAAAUGUGUCUGUGAAUUCCUCGUUCACAAUUCUCUCCCAAAAAUCCCUGACUCUGCCUUUGAGCGAUCACCCGCUGCCUUCGUCUUCUAUCCACAAUCACGGCAAAACCAUGGAAUUGCAAAGCGUCCAUCUUCCUCAAAGCGAUGUCUCGCUGGACAAGAUUUGACGAGAAUUACGGCUCAAAACACCAUUUAAUGGAAACACCU